AUGCCCGGUGUUCCUCCUGAUGCUCUUCAGCAAUUGAAGAAGGGCUUCAAAGCCAUUUUCUCCCGCAGAAAGAAGAAGGCUCAGAAUAAACAAACUGAGCCUGCCCCGACUGCGGACAAGCCUGCGGAACAGCCAGCAACCGCCGCCGCCGGCGGCGCUGCUGCUGCGGCCGCUGUACCUGCCACGGAAACCAAGCCAGCAGAGCCAGCUCCUGCUACGGAUCCUAAGCCUGAGCAAGUAGCCGUGGCAGAUAAGUCAGAAGGGGCGGCAACACAACCCACCGAGACGCAGCCCCCGCCUUCCACUACUCCAGCUCUCGAAGCGAAGACAGAGACGCCAGCCCCAGAAAUAAAGGCCGAGGCUCCUGCUCCGGAGCCCACGACAGCCGCUGCUGCUGCUCCCGCUGCUGUUCCGGAGACAACUACUCCCGCGGCUGCUCCGACGGAAACUGCCCCUGCUGCACCAACCCCGGCUGCUGAAAAGCCCGCUGAGACCGCAGAGCCGCCCAAGACCGAGGAAGCCAAAUAA